AUGUUUCACUCCGUGGCCUCCGCUGUGCGGCUCCGCACCCUUACCCUCACACCGGCAGCUCGGAGCCCCGCGACCCCACCGCGUCCCUGGAGAGGCCUCGGGAGUCUGCGGGCCCUGUGGGCCGAUACCGGCGGUGAGCCGGCCUUGCAUGUAAAAACUGCUGCAUUUGCUCCCGCGGGGGGUUGCGUCCUUGGGGGCAUUCCCGGCAGCGCGGUCCAUGUGUGGAGCGGGUCGGAGGUGCCGCCGCCUGAGGUUCCCCAGGUGUUCAGAGUGGUUUUGUCUUUGACGCUUUCUUUUUUGUCGCAGCCAAAGUUACGAAAACCUCAAGGAGGGAAGCAAGAGAAAAAAGCUAUCCAUCCGUACAGCAGAAAAGCUGCACAGCUUGCAAGGGAAGUACACAAACAGGAAAAGAAAGAAAAGUUGAAGACUGACAAAGCUUUGCGUUUAAGUAUUAUUGGAGAAAAACUGCAAUGGUUUCAAAGUCACCUUGACCCCAGUAAAAUCGAGUACACGAAGAAGGAAGCUGGUGAACUAAUUGAGAAUUAUAUGUGUCGAUUCAAUGCUGAAUUGGAGCAGAUUGAAUUACAAAACAGUAUUAAAGGCAGACAAGGAAGACAGCAUGGUUCACGGGAAUCUGUCAUCAAGCAGACCAUAGAACGUGAAAAACAGCUCUAUGAGGGCUAUGGAAUAGAAAUCCCAGACAUUAUGAACAGAAAGCAUCUUAAAUUUUUCAGAGAAUGGGAUGGUGAUCUGAGGAAACUGCCAAACAUCAAAAUGAAAAAGCUCUCAGCUAGGGAUGCUGCCUGCAGUCACCCCGAGGUGACAGAUGCAGAAGCAAAAGAAGACUUGAAUGAAGAGGAAGAGGUGGUCCCUGACGAGCACCAGCUAAUUCAAGAGCUGAAAUAGUGAAGGAAAUUGUAAGGAACCUAUUUUAAUUUUCACUGGAAACAAAAAUAAA